AUGGCCCGCUCGCCUCGCCUCGCGUCUGUGUUCGAUUCCGUCGGAUUCAAGGUCGCUGCGGAAGACUCCAGACCGUGGCGGUAUCGUUCGUACGUCAUGAGAAAAUUCCCGGUCAAGCGCGAUGAUCAGCAAGGCGGGUUCCGAGACUACGGUCGAUUGGGGACCCGCGACUGGGCCUUGUAUGCGGGGUCACUUGCACAUCGCGACAGGUUGAUCCCUGACAUAGGACCCGAGAAGAGCAGGAUUAACAAGGGGUUGGCGAGCCACACAAUCCGAACCCGAACCACAUGUCUACGCCUCCAAUCUUACGACCGGACCGAAAGCGGCAACCAACAACGCAAGGUUUCAGGCUCUUGCGACCAACGGACUGUCGCAGGCGCUGUAACCUGGACAACGAUGCGCUCAGUUUCCGGUGCAGGGGAGGGGCAAACCGCAAAUCUUCACCCUGAGAACCGCGACAACGCGACAAUGAACAGGUCAGAGAGUAAAGACGAGCGGAGAAAGGAAGACGCCAUGGAUGACUCGUGGUCUGCGCCAUAUGCCAUCUACACCUUAGGCAGAGUAGUCCGGAACUUGAUAUGGUGGAUGAUCCUUCGGCCAGCGAUGUUGGUGGCAUAUGUUCACGUAGAAGGGUGCAAGCGUCAAUGGACUAUUGAUUGA